GAGGGGAGAAGGAGGAGAAAGAAAAAGGAAGAAGGGAAGAGAAAAGGAAGUGGAGAGGAAAGGAGAGGGGGGGAGGGGAGGAGGAAAAAAGAGGGGGAAGAAGAGGGGGAAGGAAGAAGGGGGAGAGGGGAGGAGGGAGGGAGAAGAGAAGAGAAGGGGCAGGGAGAAGAGAAGGAAAGGAAA